CAUGCACUUCAGCUCUUUGUUUGUUUCUGUCUGUAAUUCAUAAUGUGACCAAACAAGACGCCAGAAAAUGUUUAAGGCCCAAAAGCCCGAGAGGCCUUACCUAAAGGUUUGCACGAAAUGUCACGGAAAGGGCCAGCUAAGUCACUUCAAUACAGCUCAGGAAAAGGUUUACGGGGCAUGCAAUAAAUGUACAAGCGGAGAUUCGCCGAACGGAGGCCUUGGGGUCACGCUAAAAUGUCUUUGUCAAGAACAUUCUUCCCAUUACGAGUUUCUCCGCGUCGCCGAGCUCAACUACGUGAAAGGGCUGGAGCGCGAAGAGAUUAAGGGGCUGAAGGACUUUCAAGCAAAGUUAGGACCUGAGGGAAUUGCCGUAUGCUUGAUGUGCGAUUGUGGCGCAAGGUAGCCGAGCCGGUUCAAGCGCCCUCCAGCGCUGCAGCAUCAUCGCCACAGGAGCUGCUGUUUCCAUUGCCAGGCGACCCGCAAUGGCCCCCCCAGCGCGCCUUCGCCGCGGUUGCCCUAGACAAUCUGCUAGACUCCGUAGUGGAUAUUGGCCGCCAUUUGCGGCGCAUGAAUGUGGAGUCGGAUCUUCCUGCACAGCAGGAGCAGCUGGUGCCGGGUGGCAACGGGCGUAUGCGUCUCCGCUCAUCCACCAAGCCCGUGGUGCUGGUGCUGGGGAGCGGCUGGGGAGCACACUCGCUCAUUAAGGUCAUUGACACGGACAUGUACGACGUCGUUGUCGUAUCUCCCCGCAACCACUUUGUGUUCACCCCCAUGCUCCCCUCCACCGCGGUGGGCACUGUGGAGUUCCGCUCCCUGCUGGAGCCCAUCCGUACUUCCAACCCGUGUGUCACGUACCUGGAGGCGCAGUGCGAAACAUUGGACCCGGAGGCCAAGGUGGCUGUCUGCACUUCGUCUUUCGCGUACGACGACGGCAGGCGACCUCAGUUUGAGAUCCAGUACGACAAGGCGGUUGUGGCGGUUGGCGAGCAACCUGCCACCUUCGGAGUACCGGGAGUGAAGGAGCACUGCUUCUUCAUGAAAGAGAUCAGCGACGCUGUGGCCCUCCGCAGUCGCAUUGCUGAGAAGUUUGAGCUGGCCAGUCUGCCAGGGACUUCUGAGGCGGACAGACGCGCCGCUCUGAACUUCGUGGUGGUUGGCGGCGGUCCCACCGGUGUCGAGUUCGCCGGUACUCUGAGCGACUUUCUGAGGGAGGACCUCAGGAAGAAGUACCCGGCACUAAUGCCGUACGUACGGGUGACGUUACUGCAGAGCGCCCAGUCCAUUCUGACCCAGUUCGAUGAGGGGUUGGGUCAGAGGGCUCUGGAGGCCCUCACCUCCUCGGGAGUGGAGGUCCGUACCGGUGUGAGGGUGGUGCAGGUCACAGCGAACAAGGUGGUACUGAAGGACGGGGAGGAGAUUUUCUGCGGAGUGUGCGUGUGGUCCGCCGGCAAUGCGCCCCGGCCCUUGGUGACCCAAAUCGCCUCAGAGGUGCCUCAACAGGCAAUGGCGGCCGAGGCCUCCCGCCUCUCCCCUGGCUCCAAGCUGUGUGUGGACUCGUUCCUGCGUGUGGUGGGGGCCAGCGACCUGCUCGCACUGGGGGACUGCUCGCUGGUUGCCGGCCAGCAGGGCGCCUACCUGGCCCACCUGCUGAACAGCGGGUACAACCUGGGGGUGGGGGGCUACACACAGCCGCCACCGUUCCAAGUUGUUAAGCGGAACAAACUGCAGACCCUGACGGAGCAGAGUGCGGCCCUGCAGUGGCUGGCAAAUGCCAUGAUGGGCGGCAAGAACCGAAUUGAGGUGGCCGGCGAGGUAUCCGACGCGCUGUUCCGCAUGGACGCGCCCCCCUGGAUUCGUGUCCACAGCGAGGCCCUUACCGCCGCGCCCCCCCUGGACCAGCCCAGCCGCGCAGCCGCUGUGUGCGACAUCGCCAGUGUACGGGAGGCGGCUGCUGCCUCGGGCGGUGCGAGUCCCGAGGCCCUGGCCCGAGCGGCUCAGGAGUGCGCCCGGUCGUUUGCUGCGGAGGAGCGGGCGGCGAGGGAGGCGGCGGAGGCGACGGAGGUGCGGUACUGGGACCGGCCCUUCGAGUUCCUCAGCCUGGGGAUCAUGGCAUACGUGGGUAGCGAUAAGGCGCUAACCCAGGUUGAAGCAUUUGAUGUCAUCAACCUGAAACUGUACGGCAGCGUCGCGUUUUUGCUUUGGAAGUCCGUAUACAUCACCAAGCAGGUAUCCUUCCGCAACCGCGUGUUGAUCCUGUUCGACUGGAUGAAGGCCCGGGUGUUUGGGAGGGACAUAUCGCUGUUCUGA